AUGAUCGCAAAACAGGCUUCGCUCGCAAGAGCCUCUUCCGCCUCGGUCCUCUCCGCAUCCACCUCUUCGACAAGAUGCAUGCGUCUCCCAUCCACAAGCGCGACUGCGCCACCCGCCUGGCUAGCUCGCCGUUCGCCUCUCGCGCCGCAGUCCUUGGCAUUCAGCACCAAGGGCCCUCGCAGUCAGGCGAUCCCAGCAGCACAGACGCAUGUCGACCAUCAGGAGCCUCAUGACUCGUCUUCCGCCGCCUCCUCCGCCGCAUCAUCAAGCUCCACCGCCUCCCAAGCAUCGUCAUCAUCCCAUCCUUCAGCAUCCUCGUCGCGCUCCGAUCGCCGCUCCAGAUUCAUGCCCUUCGCAUUCGCAACAGGCUCCCCUCUCACCCGCCUACCCACCCCAUUGCCACAGGACGUCGCAGAACGCUCCGCUCUGCUCAGACGCCAACUCCAGCCCAAAACCAAGGCAGGAACUCCCAUCCCUACCACCUCGCCUUCGCUCUUCGGCGAUACCAUGGCCGGCCUCUCCUUUGGCGACCUCUCCGGUCUCACCAUGAGCAGCGCAGAUGAGUCCUACUAUCCGGCCAACAAGGCCGUAGAGUACGUCAGCAUCCUCAAGGCCUGUCUCGGCACCGGCCUCAUCAGCCGCGCACACAAGGUCUUCGCAGACCUCCGCACCCAGGCCGCCUCUCGCUCCCGCGAACUCUGGGAGCUCCGCCAGCGCCUCGCGCAAGGCAUCGUCAACCAGAACGACCGUCACCAAGACCUCGGCGAGCUCGGCGCCUACCAGUCGCCCAUCGAAGUGUGGACCUACAACUCCAUGCUCCAGGCCUACUUUCGAAAGGCCUACCAGGCCGAGUCCUUGGAAGGCACCGCCGAAUGGCUCACCCGCGCCUGGGAGCUCUGGAGAGACAUGGAGAACGCCUCGAGAGCCGCUGAGCUCGAUCAGCCACCCUCGCCAGACCCGAGCCCCAAUCCGGCCACCUAUGCCAUCAUGGCCCGCGGCAUCGUCGCCCUCCAGCGCUCCGGUCGCUAUCCCUCCACAGCACCAGCCCUCAACGACCUCGUCCUCUCCAUCAAGCGCGCAGACUACGGCCUCGACAGCAUCCUCACCUCGCCCGCCUUCAACCCGCAAUCCGCGGAGGACCCCGACGUCACCGGCCCUCUCGGAUCCACCAGCGUCGACCAAUCUCGCGAGGGCGAAGUAGACGCAGAGGUCGUCCUUCGCAGCCUCACCACCGUCGCCAACCAGAUGGGCGAGACCGGCAUGCUCAAGGAACUCGAGACCGCCCAGAGCAUCCUCGAAGGCCGCAGAGUGCUCUCCGAGGCUCAGUCUAGCGAACUGCCUUCCAAUCACGAUCCGCUUGCCGACGUCCCCGAGCUUCUGCCCGUCAAGACCACCUCCAAGGCGAGUCGCCUGGGCAACGAGCCCGACAACAAGGAAGGCGAGAUGCCAUUCAACCUCGCCUCGCUCAAGGGCAACCUUUCCAUCGUCCAGGAGGCCCGUCGCACCAUCAGCGACCCCUACGAGCGCCAAAAGUGGCUCGAGCACAGCGCCGUCGAGGCUGCGCGCAAGCGACUCGAGCACUCUGCCGAGAAGCUCGAAGAACUCGGCCUGCAAACCACCGGCGCGCUGCAAUCCAAGCCUCUCCAGAAAUGGAUGUGGGACUGGUACAACAAGCUGCAAACCGCCCUCAACAAGGACCUCGAUCGCCUCGACUCCGACCUCAAGAACGACGUGCACGCAACCAAGGCCAUGCUUCCGAACGAACAGCAAAUGCUGCCCUUCCUCCGCCUUCUCCCCGUGUCCAAGCUCGCUCUCAUCACCAUCCUCGAGCUCAUGCGCAUGAGCGGAAACGGUGGCGUCUCCGACGGCAUGAAGACCACCCGUGCCUUGCUGCAGGUCGGCCGCGCCAUCGAGACCGAGUACCAUUCCGAAGUCAUCCGCAAGAACCCAAAGAUCUUCCAAAACGCCCAGGCAGCACAGGCAGCGCUCAAGAAACGCGGCCUCGUCGACUUUGCCGCCCGUCGCGAGAUCAAGGAGUGGCAAAAGCAGCAGGAAGAGCAGGGCGUCAUGUCGUCCAUUCCCAAGUGGACCCAGAUCACUCGUGCGCGUGUCGGAAGCUACUUGGUACAGCACCUCAUGCAGGUGGCCACCGUCAACCGCAAGGCCACCGACCGCGACGGCAUCCUUUGGGAGGAGGACCAGCCUGCCUUCUACUCCACCUACCAGUACCUCGGAGGAAAGAAGCUCGGCGUCAUCAAGCUCAACGAGGUCGUCGCCAAGCGUCUCGACAAGGAUUCCAUCUCCGAGACGUUACACCCUCGCCACCUUCCCAUGCUCGUGCCUCCCAAGCCGUGGACCUCGCAUGAUUCUGGCGGAUACUACUCGGUCCGACAGAGCGCAAUGCGCUUCAAGGACAGCGCCGAACAGGGCUCGUACCUCCGCGCCGCCUCCGACAACGGCGACCUCGACACCGUGCUGGCCGCGCUCGACGUCCUUGGGAACACGUCCUGGAAGAUCAACAAGCCCAUCUUCGACGUCAUGCUCGAGGUGUGGAACUCGGGCAAAGACGUUGCAGACAUGCCGCCCAUGGAGAUGGAGACGCCCGAGCCAGUCAAGCCGGACAACUACGAUCACGACAUCAAGGCGCGCUCCGUCUACCUCCAGCGACUCAAGCAGUGGAACCAGCAGCGCUCCUCCAACCACUCGCAGCGUUGCGACGUCAACUACAAGCUCGAGAUUGCACGCGCCUACCUCGGCGAGCGCUUCUACUUCCCACACAACAUGGACUUCCGCGGCCGAGCCUACCCCAUGCCGCCCCACCUCAACCACAUCGGCAACGACCUUUGCCGAGGUCUGCUCAUGUUUGCAGACAGCAAGCCGCUCGGCAAGGCCGGUCUGCGUUGGCUCAGGAUCCACAUCUCCAACGUCUUUGGUUACGACAAGGCCAGCUUCGGCGAGCGUGAGCAGUUUGCCAUCGACCACGAGGCCGACAUCCGCGACAGCGUCGAGCGCCCGCUCGACGGAAACCGCUGGUGGCUCAAGGCCGACGACCCGUGGCAGUGUCUUGCUGCGUGCAUGGAGCUUCGCGCCGCGCUCGACCAUCCCGAGGGACCCGAGGCGUACGAAUCCUGCCUUCCCGUCCACCAGGACGGUACCUGCAACGGUCUGCAGCACUACGCUGCGCUUGGUGGUGAUCUUGCGGGAGCCAAGCAGGUGAACCUGUCCGGUGGCGACCGUCCGGCUGACGUUUACUCCGGUGUGGCGGACCUGGUGAUCAAGGUGCUCGACGAAGAGGCAGCCAAGGGCGACCGCACCGCAAAGAUCCUGCAGGGCAAAGUGACGCGAAAGGUGGUCAAGCAGACGGUCAUGACCACCGUUUACGGUGUCACCUUCAUCGGUGCCAAGAACCAAGUCAUGCGUCAGCUGGCAGACCGAGGCGACGUGCCAGCCGAGGACCUCUUCAACGCGGCGAGUUUCCUUGCCAAGGUGAUCAUGUCGUGCAUUGGCAACCUUUUCUCCGGCGCACAGAAGAUUCAGGACUGGCUGAGUUUCUCGGCCAAGGUGAUCGCCAAGUCGAUCCCCGGACAGCGAGUCGAGGAAGCCACCCGACCCUACCUGCCGAACGAGGCCAACCUGCGACGUGCCGACGUGCGUGGAUUCUCUCGCGAUCCUGCCAAGGCGGAUCGUAUUGCCAAGGAGCAGAUGACCUCGGUCAUCUGGACCACGGCGCUGGGCCUGCCCGUCGUGCAGCCGUACCGCAAGGCCAAGAAGCGCCAGGUGUCGACGUCGAUGCAGACCGUCUUCAUCAACGACCCGCUUCUGAACGCCGAGGUCUCGCCGGCCAAGCAGGCGUCCGCGUUCCCGCCCAACUUUAUCCACAGCCUGGACGCGACGCACAUGAUCCUGACGGCGCUCGAGUGCCAUGCGGCCGGUCUCACCUUUGCCUCGGUGCACGACUCGUACUGGACGCACGCUGCGGACAUCGACACCAUGUCGGAUAUGAUCCGCGAGACGUUUGUGCGUCUGCAUUCGCAAGACAUCCUCUACCGCCUGCGCGAGGAGUUCCUGCAGCGCUACGAGGGCUACAAGGUGCCCGUCGUUUCGCUGCAGGCGGCGCAGCGUCGUCGACCGCGCUCCAAGGCCACUGCGGUCGAAGAUGGCGUCUCGUCGACGUCGUCGCCUUCGGAGACGGUUCUUGCCAUGCCAGCCGACGAGCUUGCCAAGCUUGAGGGCGAUGAGGGCGAGUUGAUCCUCGGCAAGCCGUCCAGGGAGGCGGCCGAGGAGGAUGGCGACGAUGUCGACAGCGCCGAAGCCGCCGCCACCGAGGAGGGCCAAGACGCCGAGGCGGCAGCGCAGGCACCAGCCAAGAAGACGCGCAGCCGCAAGUCCAAGGCGGAGAAGGACGAGGAGUGGGAGUCCAAGUUCAAGGCCAAGUUUGUCAACCUCGCCGACAUCCUGCCGCCCAUCCCGGCCAAGGGCUCGUUCGACGUCAACGAGAUCAAGCGUUCGCUCUACUUCUUCUCCUAA